AUGGGCUUUCACCCGGAGAAAUAUGGUUGUCCUACCGCCAAAAGACGAUUCAGUGACGAGAGUCAAGAUCGACCUGAGCUGGACUGCGAUCCAGGUUGGUAUCCUCUGUUUAUGAGGGGCAUCAGUCAGCAAUCGUCACGCAUGUCACGGCAGUCCACACAGAAUGGAGUCGUGAUUCAAAGCGGGGAAGAGACCACACAGUCAGGAACGAAGGACACGGGGAUGUCUUCAAAUGUGCAGACAAGUGAUGGAACACCGCAAACGGGAAACGUGCCAUUGUGUGGACCGAGCGAAUCAAAGCCCAUUCCGAAUGUCAAUAUACCUCGUUCGGCGCCAGUGGUCGUUGACAUCCCUGGGUUUGACAAGAAGGCCUAUGGACAUCCGAGCAAAACAGGCCACGGACCGUCAACUAACGCGACACAAAAAAGAAACUGUGAAUCAGGCCUGAACUCUACCUCUCAGGUCAACCCAGAGAUUUCAAUUGUGUCAGACGUUCACCCAAAGUUGUCCUCCGUGCCUGAUCCGCAGUCUGAAGGUCCUCAAGCUUCGCCACCUCACGUCACCACCGCUUUAAUUUCGGCUCAGUCCCCUGCCAUAGACUCGACGAAUGUAUCGCGUGCUCAGGACAGAAUGAUGGGCGAGAAGAUACACGAGCACAGAACUCAUAAUGUUCCUGCGAUCAGUCAGAAAAAUCCCGCAAAGAAAGCUGUGUCACUUCCUCGUCCUCAGACCUUCGAAACACUCAAGCAGGGGAGCGAGACUCCGGAGCAGGUCAUUGCUCGCCUUCAAGCAGCAGGAUCCCGCGAGGCAUUUCAACGCAUUAAACGCAAGGACCAUGGUGAGAAUGUUACCACCACAGCACUCGUUACCUUGGAUCACCUCCGUAAACCCAUGCCGCUAGAGUCUCAUGGACUUCAACAGAGAGCGGCCAUUGCCCCAUCGAAUCACAUUGCUGAGCUUGAUGCAGACCACCUACAGAGCCGAUCUAUUCGAGUUGAGGGUCGAUUGUCUAGCAUCAAUCCUCCGGAGUUAGUACAGGAGGAAAACAUGAAGAGAUGGCCGGACAUGGUUGAGAAGAAUCCUAUGCAACAGGACCAGGAUGAAAAUUGUGGAGAACCAGGAAGUGAUAAUGACUCGACGAAACCUAUGGCAACCGGCUUCGGCAGACUGAUCCACAGGCGCAACCCUCGAGAGCUUGGUGAUGAACUCGUCGGAUGGGACGGGAAGUUCCAGCCGCCGCCGGUCGAUUGGGAACACCGCGCUCAUUUCUACAACAAUACCCCUGAAUAUAUCAGCGGCUUCGACCGCUGGCUUGGUGCAAAUACGAUGAGGACCAUGUCACAGGGCCCAGAGGUCGAUUUCUCAGCCAUUCCGCAAGAAGAAGUACAGAAUGUCGACAACCAUGCCGACGGUAUUGGGUUUGCGCCAAAAGAGACAGUGAUCAACUCCACUAAUGCCGAGCGCUAUGGCUUCACAAUGGCCGAGCUGGGAACGGUACUUGCAAGUUGCCCACCGGAUUUCGACAGCGACGCAAAAUUGGAUCUCUCUGAUCUCGAAAAUGCCCGCUACAAGGACGAGACAGCACAAGAGUUCAUUGAUAAACGCAUGCAAUACCUACAGCGUGAGCUGAGGGAGUCACAAGCAAACAUGAUGCCGCCAACAUCGGUCGAGCCUGCGCAUGACGCGGUGGCCAGCGGAGAGGACACUCAACAAGAUGUGCCUGGCCCUAUCACGAAUAAAAAUAUCUACCUGCGCCCCGCUGUUAACGCGGACGUUCCGGGUAUGAAGGCCAUUCUCAAUUGGCAUAUUGCUCACGGCAUUCGUCCUUCGGAACUGGCAGAGAUUGGCGAUGAUGACAUGUAUCAGCGGCUGGAGCAUUCAACCCAGGCUCGCUUGCCAUUCAUCGUUGCGGUCGAACGUAACCGCAAGAAUACCCGCAAUAAAGCUCGCAAGAACAUGAGAGUCAACCCCAACCAUCCCAUCCAGAAUGUUGACCCUGAGUACAUUGGCGUGGUGAAGGACGAACCUAUCGUUGGCUGGGCUGCCGCCACAGACUGGUCCGCGUGUGAUUACGUUGAAAGCAUUACAGCGGAGCUGGAGUUGUAUGUGGCGCCUACGCACCGUAAAGCAGGUGUGGGACGAUGCUUGAUGGAUGCUCUGCUUGACGCUACCGACCGCGGGUACAUGAAGAAAGGCGGCUAUGAAUUUCGAGUUGCCCCUGAGACGAGGCAUUUGUACAGUGCUGGCGGUGGACGAGAUCUAAACAAGUUGAUCUUCCAGGUGCGCAGCUUCACCACUCCCAUGGCACCACAACUGCUUGACCGCAUUCGCGGAUCUGGCCAGACACAGGGUGGUGCUGUUGCUGUUCCAAUGAAUGGCUGGACUCGUCGCAACGGCAAAGGCACCCAAAACAAACCACUCUUGACGAAUGCUCCCAACCAAGAAAAGCGAAAGGACUACUCUAUAGCCGCAAAACUUGAUGAUCGCGAAGAUGACUUCGAGGUGUGGCUGAAAGACUGGCUGUCUAGCCAGGGCUUCGAAGAAGAAGCGCAUCUGAAGAAACUAGGGACGAAGAAAGGAAGGUUCGUGGAUGUAAGAUACUUGACCCGCGAAACAUGCUGGCAGCCUACGGAUCAUCGACUUCCAGACUUCUCCCAAGGUCUCUGA